GUUCCGACGUAGGUUAGCAGCUUUAAAGACAGUGCUGCUUUUUCUACAGCAAUCUUUUCAAUUGGAUUCACCUAAUAACUCAAAAAAGAUGUUGGUUAUUUCUCGAGCAUCAAUCCCAUUCAGAAAUUUUGAUAAAUUCAGCAUUCUACGAAGCUUAAAUGGUCUCCAAUCUGUUAUUUCAGUGCAAUGCAAAACUACCAUACCCAGGAUAGAUUCUAGUGCUAAUUCAAGUGUUGCUCGAUCCAACUGGCUGAUCACUAAGCUAAGUAAAGAGGGCAAAAUGAGCCAAGUACGGAAACUGUUCGAUAAAUUGCCUGAAAGAGAUAAAGAUGUAAUAACUUGGACUGCAGUCAUUUCUGGGUAUAUCAAGCUUGGGUUAAUUGAGGAAGCAAGGAAACUGUUCGAUAGAGUUGAUUCGAAGAAGAAUGUAGUAACGUGGACGGCAAUGCUAAGUGGUUAUAUGAGAUCAAAUCGAAUUAUGGAUGCUGAGAGGUUGUUUGAGGAAAUGCCGGUUAAAAAUGUUGUAUCUUGGAAUACCAUGGUUGAUGGAUAUGUGCAAAAUGGGAUGGUUGAUAAGGCUUUUGAAGUGUUCCAUGGAAUGCCUGAGAGAAAUGUGGUUUCCUGGAAUACGAUGUUAACUGCAUUGGUGCAAUGUGGGAGAGUUGAGGAUGCGAGGGCAUUGUUUGAUAAGAUGCCUAAAAGGGAUGUUAUUUCGUGGACAGCGAUGGUUGCAGGGUUGGCAAAGAAUGGGAGGGUUGAUGAGGCUAGGAGGGUUUUUGAUAGGAUGCCAGAGAGGAAUGUGGUGUCAUGGAACGCGAUGAUUACUGGGUAUGCACAGAAUAUGAAUUUGGAUGAGGCUUUUGAUUUGUUUGAGAGGAUGCCAGAGAGGAAUUUGUCUUCCUGGAAUGGGAUGAUCACGGGGUUUAUUCAGAAUGGGGAGUUGAGGAGGGCUGAGAAAUUGUUUGAUAAGAUGCCGUGUAAGAAUGUGGUUUCUUGGACCACGAUGAUUACAGGAUAUGUUCAAGGUGAGCGAAGUGAGGAAGCCUUGAAGAUUUUCUCGAAAAUGUUGGCAGAUGACAGGGUCAAGCCCAAUGAGGGAACUUUUGUAAGUGUUUUGAGUGCCUGUAGUGACUUAGCUGGUCUUGGUGAGGGACAGCAGGUUCAUCAGACAAUAGUGAAAACAGUUUAUCAGUGUAGUGAAAUUGUUGUAUCUGCACUUAUUAACAUGUAUUCAAAAUGUGGGGAAUUGAGUAUUGCUAGGAGGAUGUUUGAUGAUGGAUUAAUAAGCCAGAGGGAUGUUGUUUCGUGGAAUGGUAUGAUUGCAGCUUAUGCACAUCAUGGGUGUGGUGAGGAAGCUAUCAGCUUGUUCAAAAAAAUGUCUGAUUUACAUUUUAAAGCUAAUGAUGCUACGUAUGUGGCUUUGCUCUCUGCAUGCAGCCAUUCUGGUAUGGUGGAGGAGGGGCUAAGAUACUUUGAUGAGCUUGUGAGAGACAAGUCCAUUCAGGUCAAAGAGGAUCACUAUGCAUGCUUGGUUGACAUCUGCAGUCGAGCAGGGAAGCUCAAGGAGGCCUUUGCACUCAUUGUGCAGCUUGGGACUAAACCAUCAGUAUCUGUUUGGGAAGCUCUUCUUGCAGGAUGUCAUGUUCACGGGGAUGUGAAUUUAGGGAAGCUAGUCGCAAAAAAGAUUUUAGAGGCUGAACCAGAGAAUGCAGGCACUUACUUGUUGUUGUCUAACUUAUAUGCUUCAAAAGGAAAAUGGAGGGACGCAGCUAAGGUAAGGUUGAAAAUGAAGGAUAAGGGAUUGAAGAAGCAGCCAGGUUGCAGCUGGAUAGAAGUAGAGAAUAAGGUUCAUGUGUUUGUUGUUGGUGCCAAAUCUCAUUCUCAUGCCAAUCUUACUUACCCAUUAUUGCGUGAACUUCAUGCAAAAAUGAGGAAGGCUGGAAGUAUAUCAAAUAUUGAUUACCUGGAUGAUGAUGAUUUUCUGGCAAUAAGUUUUUAAUCUUCUGAUGUCUGUUAUGGAACAAUUUAAGGGAUUACUACCAGAGAUGAUUUUUGAGAGAAAAAGUUGAUUUUGUAUUCAGUGACAGUAAUUGUCCUAUCAAACAAAAUAUUUAUCAUCAUUCCGAUACAAGCAAACAUGACACAUCUUAGAAAGAGUGUACACUUGCUAUCAUUUCUUUGAUCUGGGCCAGACAUAGCAGGACAGUUAUAGAGUUUGAGCUAUUUUUUCCCCACUGCUGCUGCCUUAGCUUGUCUAUUUUGCUUUUUGGAAGGAAGAUUCAAGAUCUCUUAAUGUUUGUAGCUGAAGAGGAGAUUUAAAUGAAGAGGACUGAUUCCAACUAAACAUUGGUACAUAAUCCAAGUUCGUUUGAAGAUUUAUGCUACUAUCCUUAACAACAGCACAAUGACCAUGGCUAUAGCAACAAGAGCAGCAAUCAAAGUAAUUCCCAUGAUGCUUAUUAACUUUGAUUUUGAAAAAAAAAGAAAUAUUUUAAAGGAGCUCCAGAUGACAUUUAAAAGAUGGCACUAUCUUGCACGGCCAAAGGUCCUUAUCAUUCUCCUUUACU